AUAGGUUGAAAGGAGGUAGCCUAAAAAAAGGAUUUCCACGUUGAAUUAGCUAUAGGCGGUAAUCAUAGAAUAUGUAGAAAAUAGUCACUAUCACCUUAACACAACGGAAUUAAUUGAACAGUCUUGGUCUCUGACUAAACAUGACCUGCUAUUUGUUCACCAAGAUCUAUGCAGCCACGCACUCCGGGAGACCAUGAUUUGUGUAAAGCUGCCAUCUAGUGUAGUCAAAAAAACAACAAACGAAACUAGGACUGCCCAUUUGCUUACGAAUACAACAUGUAUUAUGUCUAACAGGAAUAUGCGAAUUCUUCGAGGGGACAAUAAAAUGCCCUUCUCUUCGCAGCAACUUUGUAACUUUUACUGUAACUGUAACUUGUAACUGGAUACGUUUCAUUCUCUCGUGCAUUCGAUCUCCACAUCGAAAGGGGAGUGGCCUAGUUGCUAAGGAACGGGGACGCGUUGCCUUGGAGUUUUAGACCAACAGUAACUGCAGCAGGAAAUGAGGGAGUUCGUCCCAGUAUUUCAAAGUGUUUUAGCAGCAAGUGAAAUGUCUGACGAUAGCAAUUUAAGUUGUUAAUAAUUUCUCUUGAGUCCUUGGAAUUUACCAGUUUACCAAUUUAACACUGAAGUUAACGGACAAGCGGCGUGAUGGAGUCUCCCGACAUGGAGUCCGAGAUGUCCUUUGAGGUGCUGGAGAAGGAGUUUCAGCAGGUGCUCAGCGAACUCCUGGGAGACAAGAGCCUGGAGAAGUUCCGCACGGAGUAUGAGAAGCUGACCAAGGCCCUGAGGAAAUCGCACGACAGCGAGAAGCGGCUGAUGACCAAAUGCAGGGAGCUCAAUGCAGAGAUCGUGUCCAACUCCGUCAAGGUGUCCACGGCACUGAAGCUCUCCCAGGAAGACCAGACGACCAUCACCUCCCUCAAAAAGGAGAUCGAGAAGGCCUGGAAGAUGGUGGACACGGCCCACGUUAAAGAGCUCAGAGCCGAUGAGACCAUCCAGGUGCUGAAGGUGGAGAUAGGCAAUCUCACCAAACUGGUGGAACAAGGCGCCGGGCUAUCUCUGGGACAGGAACAAAGCGUGGGGGAUCUGCUGAAAAUCAAAGCAGACCUGACCAAGGAGAGAGACGACCUUCUCAAGGAAGUAGUGGUCUUGCGUGAAAACCUCUUCAGUGGUAUGGCCGGCCAGCAGGACUUGGAGUCGCAGAAAGAAAAAGCCAUGGAGACCAUAGCCCAGCUGCAGCAGAGCAUCCAGGUGCGUGAGAACGAGUGCUCGCGGGAGCAGCGGCGCAAGGAGAAGCUGGAGAAGGAGCUGCGGCAGCUGCACGCCGACCUGGAGUCCAAGGUGUCCGAGAUCAAGACCCUGACCCUGCAGACGCACCGCAGCAAGGACGAGCACCAGCGCAUGGAGCAGCAGCUCAGGGAACAGAGGAUCCUGAAUGAGAGGGCCACCAAAGAGCUGGAGCAGCUGCAGAUGCGCAACACCAAGCUGCAGCAGGAGAACGAGCAGCACGGCAUCGGCCUGGAGCAGCUCACCCUCGACAACCAGCAGCGCACCUCCGACCUCAAGAUGAAAGAGGAGGACGUGGUUCAGAUGCGCCAGGAGAUUGCCAAGCUGACAAAGGUGCGUGAAGUCACCCAGCGCAAGCUGUGCCUGACCGAAGAGCAGAAGCUGGAGGUGGAGCAACAGAGGGACAUGCUCAAGAACCAGAUCACUGGCCUGGAGAAAGAGAUGGAGCUUGCCAAGAAGCAGAUGGAGGUAGACAAGAAGGCCAUUGAUGAGCUUGUGCGAGAGAGAGAUAUCCUGAACAAGAACAUGAUCAAGGCGGCCAACGCCACAGAGAAGCAGAUGAACAUGGUGAAGCUGCACGAGCAGUCCAAGAAGAACCUGGAGCAGGAGAUCAGGAUGUACCGCGACGAGGCGCAGAAGCAGCGCAAGAUCAUCUACCAGCUGGAGAAGGAGCGCGACCGCUACAUCAACGAGGCCAGCGACCUCACCCAGAAGGUGUUGCAGCACAUGGAAGACAUUAAAGUGCGCGAGAUGCAGAUCUUCGAUUACAAGAAGAAGAUAGCGGAGGCCGAGACCAAGCUCAAGCAACAGCAGAACCUCUACGAGGCUGUGAGGUCGGACCGGAACCUGUACAGCAAGAACCUCAUUGAAGCCCAGGACGAGAUCACAGAGAUGAAGAGGAAGCUGAAGAUCAUGAACCACCAGAUCGACCAGCUGAAGGAGGAGAUCAACAGCAAAGAGUCCGCGCUGGUGAAGGAGCACCUGGAGUUCCAGCGUGUGGAGAAGGAGAAGGAGGUUCUCAAGGCGGAGCUGCAGAAGCUGAAGCUGCAGGCCCAGGAGACAAAGCUGUUCAUCGACAACCAGGAGGCCGAGGAGCGCAAGCUGCUCAAGAUCAUAGCCGACGCUGACGCUGAGAGGCUCCGACAGAAGAAGGAAUUAGACCAGGUGAUCAGCGAGCGAGACAUCCUGGGCACGCAGCUGGUGCGGCGUAACGACGAGCUGGCGCUGCUCUACGAGAAGAUCAAGAUCCAGCAGUCCAUCCUGAACAAGGGCGAGCUGCAGUACACCCAGCGGGUGGAGGACAUCCGCCUGCUCAAGAUGGAGAUCAAGAGGCUGCGCCGCGAGAAGGGCAUCCUCAACAAGACCGUCGCCAACGUCGAGGACCUCAGGCGUGAGGUGUACCACAUGCAGCGUGAGCUGCUCAAGGAGCGGACCAGGUGCCGGGCCCUGGAGGAGGAGCUGGAGAACCCCAUGAACGUCCAUCGCUGGAGGAGGCUGGAGGCCAGUGACCCCAGCACCUUCGAGCUGAUCCAGAAGAUCCACUCUCUGCAGCGCCGGCUCAUCACCAAGACUGAGGAGGUGGUGGAGAAGGAGCUCCUGCUGCAGGAGAAGGAGAAGCUGUACGUGGAGCUGAAGCACAUCUUGGCCAGGCAGCCGGGGCCGGAGGCGGCCGAACAGCUGCACAUCUACCAGCACACACUCCGUGAGAAGACCAAACAGCUCAAGGCCCUGGCGUCGGAGAUGAACAUGUACGAGUCGCACGCGCAGGAGUACAAGUACGAGAUCGAGCGCCUGGCCCAGGAGUUGCAGGACGUCAAGAAGAAGUACCUGAGCCAGAAACGCAAGGAGCAGCAGGCCAAGCAGAAGGACCGAGACCUGGCGCAGGUGGGGCCGCCUGUUAUCCAGCCGCAACGGGUGGACGGGCCGCGCUUCGCCGGGGGAGGCUUCAGCCUCAAGACCACCAACAGAGUCACCACCUAGCACCGGCCAACGCUACACACACACACACACACACACACAACCUCUCCCUCUUACCCUCCCUCUUACCCUCCCUUAC